AUGGAAAGUCUAUCUUUUGACGAAAUUUUCAGCCAAAUAAAAAGGAACUUUUAUUUGUUGGGAAUACCUCUCGGCAAGAAACCGCGCUUCAGAUAUUAUAUUUCAGUUAUGAUCGUCUUUAUGACGAUCGUUCACGAAUCUUUAUUUUUCUUCUCGAAGUUUAGUCGAGAGAACUUUUUGGAGCUCACCCAGUUAGCGCCAUGUUUAAGCAUCGGAAUAUUAGCUACGAUCAAAAUUGUGCUCAUAGCCAAUAAGGGAAACAACAUAUUAGAGCUAGCGAAUUCGCUAAAAACACUAUACAAUGACGCAACAAACAACGAGGGGAAGAAUCAAAUUUUACGCGAAGAGAUGAUCUUUUUGAGAUACCUCGUGAAGUAUUUCUUCAUGUUGAACGCUAUUCUCAUAUGCGUAUAUAAUUUUUCGCCAUUCUUUAUAUUUGCAUAUUAUUAUUUUUGCAAGCAUGAGCAAGUAUGGAGAUUGCCGUAUGCCGUGAUUGUGGGUGUAUCCACGGAGUCGUGGUAUGGAUGGCUUUACGCGUAUUUCCAUUCGACUACUAGUGGUUUCAUAGUAGUAUUGUACUUCACGACUGUCGACGCCUUAUAUUUUAUCCUCACCACCCACACGUACUGCCAGUUCUCUCUUCUGAGUGCCGAAAUCACACAACUUAAUGAAGAAAACUCUUACCUACUCAACAACAUUGUGAAGAAACAUCAGCAUAUUUUACAUCUAGCUAAGAAAUUGGAAAAAAUAUUUGAAGGUCCUAAUUUAUUUAAUGUCUUAAUUGGAUCGCUGGAAAUAUGCGCCCUGGGAUUUAAUGUUGUUAUGGGUGAUUGGGCGCAGUUACCUGGAGUUAUGUUAUUUCUGUCCUCUGUCCUAGUUCAAAUUUUGAUGAUCAGUGUAUUUGGAGAAAAACUUAUGCAGGAGAGUAUGAAAAUUGGUGACGCCGCGUUUCUUUCCCAAUGGUACAAGAUGGACCGUAGAUCUAGAAGAACUAUUUUACUUCUGAUUGUCAGAGCUCAACGUCCAUGCGUGUUGACUGCUUACAAUUAUUGCGUCAUCUCGUACCAAAGCUUUACUAAGAUAAUAAGCACAUCCUGGUCUUACUUCACAUUGCUGAAGACUGUUUACUCAUCGGAAAGGUUUUAA